GCUCAGGGCUGGGUGCUCCGCGGGUGACUCUGCCGGUCCGCCCAGCCGUGCUGUGCAGGCAGCAGCACCCCCAGCCCCGUUCGGCACUGCUCAGCUCCGCACCCCGCUCGCCACGGCGGGACCCUUGUCUGCAGCUCCAUCAACGCCAGCGUGGCAGCGGCAGGGGCUGAUCCCGGCAGUGUGGGGUGUCACGGGGCAGUCCCCUCCCUGUCCCCCCGGCAUGGAUUCAUCAUUCCGGCACACCAAGGCCCGGGGCUUCGUGUCCAGCGCAGAGCUGAGCAUGAAGCAGUCGGCAGUGGGUGCUGCGGGGCCCGAGGGCAGGUCCCGCUUCCAGAAGCUCUCGCUGGUGUCCCGGCGGCUGGAGAGCACCGGGAGCGUGCGGGGCCGGGAGGGGAGUCCCUCCCGCGUGUCCCUGCUGCUGCAGGCCUGGGAGAGGGAGAUCGUGGAGCAGACGGGACCCGGCCCCGCGGCCCCGACGCGCUCGGCUCCUUCUGCUGCCCCCAAGGACUUCACGGCUCACGGACCCGUCUUCUCGCAGGUCUAUUCCCCGGCGCAGCGGCCGCGGCGCCAGGACGAGCGGGGGAAGGUGGGCGCUGGCGGCGGGGACGGGGUCCCCCCGGCCGGGGCUGCUCCCCGGGACGUGCCCGUGCACCGGGAGAGUUACGUGCACGGUGCUCUGCUCCCCACCCGCGCUGCUGAGCCCGGAGCUGCGGGGCCUGGACCUGCUCCUGGUGCCCCGUGCGCCCCCGGCUGCGGCCCUGCCCUGCCCAGGGCCAGGCAGGUCACGGUGCUGCGGAGCGGCAGGGAUGGAGCCGGGACAGAGCCGGACGGAAGGGGAGCCCAGAGCGGGGUGCGCAGCGCUGCUGGUGCCACGGGGCCGGAGCCGCAGCAGGAGGGGAGCAAGCAGGACAGCAAUGGCUUUGCGGCGGCCGCAGCAGGCAGUGAGAGCUCACCGGGUGCUGUGGAGGACACCAGGCUCCUGACUGAGGGAUGCCCCGCGGAGAAACACUCGCUGCAAGCCGAGGCCACGCCAGUGAAUGCAACCCUGGGAGAUGGCGACAGGCCUGGGGACCCACAAACCAGUAUAACCAGCUCCCGACAGGGUCCUGCGGCCGGCGCCGGUGGCCAGGAUGGCCUGGCUGCUGCGGGAGAGGGAAGCUCAGCAGAUAGGGAUGGCAGCACUUCAGGAAUGCCACCGAGGACAGAGAGCCCUCCGGGAGCUGGUGGCACCCCUGAAAACCCCUCCUUGGAGGCAAGUGAUGGCCCAGAGCCUUCAUCCAAAGCAUCUUCAAAGGCUGAGCUGGAGUUGGAUGGGGACAAGAUGACAGGGGACACCCAGAGCACAGCCCAAGAGCUCAAGAGCAGCCCAGAGCUCCCAGCCCCUGACCCCCCAGCUGAGACCCCCGUGAACACAGCCGAGGAGGACCCCGAGCUGCUGGUGGACAUGGAGAUCUUUGUGGACACGCUACGCAACAUGGAGCCCUCAGAGAUGCGCAAGGCACCCAAGGCCCCGCGCCAGCCCCGGCCGUCGUCGCUGAGCCGCUGUGCUGCUCUGCCUCCCAUCGAGGAGGACCGUGUGGCCCCGAGAGCCACCAUCUCCCUGCCCGAGGCUCUGCGGGAGCUGCUGGCCCGAGGCCCCAUGGGGAGGCAGGAGGAGAUCCCAGAGGAGGAGAUUGUGAACCCCUACCUGAGCCCUGAGGAGCAGGAGCCAGGAGGGACCCUCAAUGGGGUGCCCAGGGACAGCGCAGGCUGCAAUGGGCGGGUGGAGGGGGGCUCGCUCCUGGGGACACUGAGGCAGGUGGGGGCAGAGGAGGAGGCCAAGCCGGUGGCGGAGAGGAGCCCACUCUUCCGAGGGAAUGUCCUCAAGGGCAUGGCUCUGCUCUCCCACUUCCUGGAGCACCGGGCGGUGGUGGCCGAUGAGGGCAAGCCCUACUCGCGCCUGGACAACAGUGUGCUCUACAGCCGCUUCGUCGCCCCCAGCACCGCUCCACUCGAGCCCCCUGGCAGGGAUGGAGGGGUCACAGGCUCCUCCAACCCUCGGGACCACAAUGGACUGGGACCUGGUGACCACCCCAGCCCGGAGAUGGCUGUGCUGGAAGCAUCAGGUCCUGUCAUCAAGGAGCCAGAGAGCACCCUGUGGCCCACGGAUGUCUUGCAGGAGGACAAGGAGGGCUUGGAGAAGAUCAACACCAGACCUGGCAAGAUCAUCCUCUUCUCCGAGGCCGGCUUCGCGGGCAAGAAACGGGAGAUCUGGGGUGACGUCCCUGAUGCCACAUCCUGGGAGCUCUCACACACCAUCUCCAUCCGGGUCAUCCGAGGCGGGUGGGUGAUGUACGAGAAGCCGCGGUUCCAUGGGCGCAAGUGUGUGCUGGCCGAGGGGGACGUGGAGAUUGACAACCCCUGGGCAGCCUAUGGGCAGAGCGGGCAGCCCCAGCGCCCCUUCCGCAUCGGGUCCUUCAAGAGGGUGGUGCGGGAUUACCAGACCCCUGAGAUCAGUCUGUUUGUGGAGGAGAAUGGUGAAGGUGCCCGGCUCAGGUUCACUGACUCUGCUGAGGAUACCCGGACACGGGGCCAGGCACUCACUGCUGCCUCCAUCAUCGUCCAUUCGGGCCUGUGGCUGGUUUACUCCAAGCCUUUCUUUGAUGAUGAUCCCUAUGUUCUGGAGCCAGGCGGCUAUCCCAAUUUAAAGGCCUGGGGAGCAAAGGACCCGUCCAUCUGCUCCAUGCACCCCAUCAGGCUGGGCUGCCCCGUGGUGGAAAGACCCGGUGAGCCACAGGUGCUCAUCUACGAGGCCGUGGGCUUCCAGGGCCGCAGCUUCACCAUCAACAGAGAUAUCUAUGACCUCAAGCACCUGCCCGGGCCCACACUGCCCACUGUGGGCUCCCUGCACGUCCUGGGUGGCUGCUGGGUCGGCUACGAGAAGGAGGGCUUCCGUGGGCACCAGUACCUGCUGGAGGAAGGGGAGUACCAGGACUGGAGGCAGUGGGGUGGCUACAGCAAGGAGCUGAUGUCCUUACGGCUGAUACGGACGGACUUCUCUGACCCGGUGCUGGUCCUGUUCGAGGCCAUGGACUUUGAGGAGGGCCCAAGCGUGGAGCUGAGCGAGGCACUGCCUGACACGCAGCUGGCUGGUUACGGCACCGUCACCCAGUCCAUCCACGUGCUGAGCGGGGUGUGGGUGGCCUAUGAGGGCACCAACUUCUCUGGCGAGCAGUACAUCCUGGAGAAGGGGGUGUACCGCAGCUGCGAGGACUGGGGAGCCACCGACUGCCGCAUUGCCUCGGUGCAGCCCAUCCUGCAGGUUGGGGAACACAACCUCCAUUUCGUCUCCAAGAUCCUGCUCUUCUCUGAGCCUGACUUCCUAGGGGAGCACAUUGACUUUGAGGAGGACCAGGAUUCCCUGCCCGCCGCCUUCAUCCCACGCUCCUGCAGAGUCCGUGGAGGCAGCUGGAUCCUGUUUGAUGGGAAGGCCUUUGCUGGGGAGCAGCAUGUGCUGUCAGAGGGCGAGUACCCCACGCUCAGCGCCAUGGGCUGCCUCUCCUCCACCUCCAUCCGCUCCUUGAAGAAGGUCCCGGUGUUCUUCUCGGAGCCCUCCAUCUUCCUGCACGGGCUGGAGUGUUUCGAGGGGAAGGAGAUCGAGCUCAACACGGAGGUGCGGAGCCUGCAGGCAGAGGGCUUCAACAACCACGUGCUGUCAGUGCGCGUCAAAGGCGGGAUAUGGGUGCUGUGUGAACACGGUGACUUCCGAGGGCGCCAGUGGCUGCUGGACUGCACCGAGAUCACCAACUGGCUGACCUACAGUGGGCUGCAGCACGUGGGCUCCCUGUACCCCAUCCGCCAGAGACGCAUCUAUUUCCGCAUCAGGAACAGGGAGCUGGAGCUCUACCUCUCAGUGCCUGAUGAUGUGGAGGACAUGAAAGCGGGACGGGUGGUGGUGUCCAGCCUGAGUGAGGAGAGCAACUCCAUCUGGUACUACGAGGAUGGGCUGAUCAAAAACCAGGUGGCCCCCAACAUGAGCCUGCAGGUCAUUGGGCCGGCCGGGAAGGGCGCGAAGGCCGUGCUGUGGUCCAAAAACCGGAUGCCACGUCAGACCUGGAGCAUCGAUUCCCAGGGACGAAUCCGCAGCCAGAUGUUUGAAGACAUGAUCCUCGAUAUAAAGGGUGGCCGAUCCUAUGACCGGGACCAUGCCAUUGUUUGGGAUGUGGCCGAGGAAAGACCCACGCAGACCUGGGACAUAGAGGUGCUGUGAGGAGGUGACGUGCAGCCUUCACACCCAGUGUCCCUGUGCUGGGUGACCUCCUACCCCCCCCACCCAUCCCAAACUGCUCUGCCGGCAUGAGGGACACCCUCAUCCCCUGCACCAUGAGCAGAACCACCCGGCUCCCUCCUGGAGAGCCCCGUACGUGCUUCACGAAGGACCCCAUGGACACGACCCUCUGGAGAGCGGCUGAGCCCCCUCCCCACCAGCUCCAGACUGUAUUUAUGGACGUGUGUAAGAUACAGCCCUCCGGGGCCAGCACUGUCUG